GAAGAGAAAGUGCUCGCGAGCUUAAAAAGGAUGUGAAUGCCUUGUGCGCAGGAUACUUGCUGAGUUUAUAUGUGAAUUAUUUGCUUUGUUAGUAGCGUCGGGCACUGAUUGAAUUUGCUAUUCGAUUCGCUCUUCUGUUUUUAUACGCAAGCCUCUAUGAAAGAAGCCCUAAAAAUGUCGGACACAUUUGAUUUAGCGAUGGACAAAAUCAGAAUGUGAGAGAGCUCAGAGAGAAGAAACGCCCUCAGCCCACUCAAAAAUCACAAAAUACUAUAUAGCAAGAAUCCUAUCCAUAUCCAAUCCCUCUAUAUUUCCCCUUAACCCCGAACCAAAAGUGUUUAUAAUAUGCAAAGCGCUGAAACCAAAGCACCUACGACAAUUGACGAGGAAAACUUGACUUUGGCAGCAGCAACCAAAGCGCAUGCUGAGCACAGUACCAGUGGAAUAGAGGAUCAAACAGAAGAACAGGUAGAGGAGACAGAGCCAACAGAGGAACAUCAAAAUAAGAUCAAAGCAAGGUCGCGCUUCUCGGCUGCCUUUCGUAGUCUGUCCAAGACAAAGCCUAAAAAAGAGAAGGAGCGCGAAAAAAGCAAAGAUAAGGAAAAGCCUAAAUCGAAAGACAACGAUAAGCCAAAGGAUCAGUCAAAGACUGAACAAGACCAACCAGAGAGUCCAAGCAAAUCGUCGCUAGCUAACGUUGAGGAACUUGUGGACAACAGCGAGGUAGUCAGUCUCGAUAGUGGGACCAAGCCCAAGAAAAAGAGUCUCACCCAGCGUUUGUUCCUUAGCGGUCUCAAAAAGUCGAAAGUACGACCGCAUAGUCUCAAUGUCAGUGACGAGAUCAGUGUUCUGAGCAGCAGCCGGGACCAGGACUUAACUGUGACACCCUCAACAAGCACCAGCACCGUCCAGAUUACCAUCAGUGGCAAGAAAAUCGAGCCGGUAACUGCCGGCGGACGCAGCAAAAGUCGCAAGAGCGCACUGAGCGAAACGAACGAUUACCUGACACCGAUACCAACCACAGCAACAUCAACAGCCACAACAACAGCAACAACAGUUGCUGCAAUUGCAACAGGCAAGGCGGCAGCAAAGUCAGCGAAAUCAACAACCACAACGACAACAGUGACAACCAAAGACACGAGCAGCAGUCGCACGACAAAGAUAAUUGUAGCCAAGUUAGGUAAAGAAGCGGCAGCAGCAGCAGCAGCGAGCGCUAAGAAGAAGCUCAAAGCGAAGAAGCUCUCACCUCCCAACAGUCAGGGAGAGGAGAAAAUCGUUAUCACCGAGAGCCAGCGUGACACGCCACCUCGAGAACGUGCGCCAGCAAAACCGAGUCGAGCGUCUGCUAUUCAGUGCGUCAGUGGCAGCGGAACAACACGGAAAUCUGCCAGCGGCACAAGCAAAACUCAGUCAGCGCAGCACGCCACUUCAAAGAAGAGUCUGCGCACGGUUGCCACAAUUGCGACAGCCACUGCUAGUGUGACAUUGCCCAGCAGCCGCAAGGAGCGGGAAUUGAUGCAACAGCAGCAGCGCGGCCAUCGCCUUAUCAGACCCACAACGGCUACCCACACCGCGACGACGACGUCAAUAGCCAAGGCUCAACCCGGCCAGGGAGAACAGUUGGAGCAGGCGCCAGUUCAAUUUCCAGGAGCAGGCGAAAUUGAACAGCUCCCGCAGCCGCCCAACUACGCGCCGCCUCCUGUGCCACCGAAUCAACUAACGCCCGAACAUCGUCAGCUGGCGUACGAAUCGGACGAACACGCCGUAUCGUCCGCUGAGAGCGCACACACUGGCCAGGACCCAGUGCCGUCGACAGAGGCAGGAAGUGUGCGGUUUGCCGUCGGUAGUGCGGUUCGUCCGCCUGGGAACGCCUACGAGGCAGCCUUGGCCGCUGUAGCCACACAACAGCCCAGCUCCAGUGAAUCGCAGAGUGAUUCGAGUCUACGGAGACUCAAUUUUGCCCAACAACAGCAACAAAUAACCGGUGAUCACGACAGCAUCGAAGGUAGGCGGGAAACUCUGCGCUAUCAAUCGGUGGUUAGUGAGUACUCCGACAACUCCCAGUCGGAGGAUUUGGAAGGCACCGAUAAGCCAAUGCCGGCCUUUGGUGACUUGACAAUGGAGCAGGAAAUAGAACCGACCGUCAUGACGCCGAGCAAUGAGAAACGCGAGCAUCUAUACAAAAUUCUAGUCAUCGGCGAACUGGGCACCGGAAAGACGUCCUUCAUCAAGCGGUAUGUGCAUCAGUUCUUCAGUCAGAACUACCGGGCCACCAUCGGUGUGGACUUUGCGCUUAAAGUGUUGCAUUGGGAUGCGAAUACGAUAGUCCGCCUACAGCUCUGGGAUAUCGCUGGCCAGGAGCGUUUCGGCAACAUGACACGUGUGUAUUAUAAGGAAGCCGUUGGCGCCUUCAUUGUCUUCGAUGUCACGCGCAGUGGCACCUUCGAUUGUGUAAGCAAAUGGAAGGAGGACCUAGACUCGAAGGUCCAACUACCAGAUGGCAGUCCCAUACCGUGUAUAUUGCUGGCUAAUAAGUGUGAUCAGGAUAAACAGGGAAUUGUAACGCAACCCGAGAAAAUGGAUGAGUAUGUGCGAGAAAAUGGCUUCGCCGGGUGGUUCGAGACAUCAGCCAAAGAGAACACCAACAUCGAUGAAGCAGCACGCGCAUUAGUAAAUAAGAUACUGAUCAACGAUAAACUGAUAACUGCCGCCGAUUUGGCCGAUGCUGAAAAAUUCAAUUUGAACAAUCCGGGCGAUGGCUCCGGCACUGAAUCGAAGAACAAAUGCUCCUGCUGACCUACCACAGUGCCGAGGAGAAGCAUUGCGGGCGUGACUGGCAAAGUCUGAGCGGUUGCAGAGCACAGCAAAGCUGUGACCUAAAUGAAUACACAUACGAUACAUAAAAUACUUAGUGUGUUAGGUGGAAAACUUUUCUAAAGCAAAUAUGAUUAUGUUUAUAUCUA